AUGGAACUAAAAAAAUAUAUAAAGAAGUUGGUGGUAGGCAGCCCCAACCAACGAAACUGGCGUGGUAUUCUCAUAGCCCUACUCGUCAUAGUACUGGUGCUGGCCCUGAUCGUGACUUCCGUGGUGCUUCUGACCCCACCCGAUGAAGGACCUAGGGUGAAGGGCAGAAGGUUGAAGAUACAGGACCUGGUUACGGACGAGCUAGUGCCUGUUAGAUGGAAUGGGACCUGGAUUUCCGAUACGUACAGACACGACUUUUUACGUAAAAAUGAACACGCUAUAAAAGUGAGUGACACUGUCAAUGUAUUCACUUUGAGACAAAGUACAAAGCAGACAGCUGAAAUUGUAUGA